UUCUCGCGAGUCGAUAAUCGCGCGAAACGCAAAGCGCGGACCGUCGGUCGUUUACGAGGGGGCAGGGGGAGAGGGUAAUAGAUACGAUCUGCGACUUUUCUAAAGGAAGUAGGGCAAAGUCGUAGUGUCGCGUAGUUUCUGGUCUACGUCUAGUUUCUGUCCCGACCGCCUCCGCAAUCCGCGUAAUUUUUUUACAUCCGCCGGGAAAUCAUUUCUCACCCUCGUGUCACCGCGGUAAAGCGCACGCGGCACUUCACUUUUCUUGAAGAACGGACGGAAUAUGAAACAGUUUGCUCUUCUCCCUCUCGUGACUUCGGGUCUAUAAAGGAUUUUAGCGCGACAUGUGUGCGUCGUUUAGCUAAACAGAGCAUAGUUUUUUUUUCAAGCUGAUCUUUUCAAUUCAACAAGUUUACGUCGAUAAUCCGCGCGACUUGUUAUCCAAGGGACAUCCGGUUUUUCUUUCCGAGACGACGAGAGAAUUCGCUACGCCGAUCGUCCUCGCAGGAGACGACGUCGCGACGCCACGUGCCGAUGUAUAUAAAAAAAAAUCCGCGACCUCGUCCCGCAAGUCCCGCUAUAGAAUCCGCUACCGAGUGCAACAGUUGAAGUCAAGGCGAGGGGAGUUUGAAAGUGUAGCCCCCGUUGCGUCUCGAAUCGAUACCCCGCGAUUACGCUAUACGUAAAUACGCGCCCCCCCAGAUUCGCCCCCGCAUUCGGCCGCGUGAUCGGCGGACGCGCGCCGCACGUCGCCGAGGGUCGCGCGAUCGCGCACCCUUGAUCGCAACCCUUUUGUCCUCCUCCCGUUCUCUCGAUCGAGAAGGGGGGGCGGGCAAUUCCGCUCGCCCGUCGCAGCCAGUGUAGCGCGCGGAUUUAUUAUUUAACGGGAAUAAUCGAUGGCCUAUGGAUACGUGUACCCGGGGUACGUAUCCCUCGCGAUAGUCGUCAUUUUCGCGAUGGUGACGCGCUGCGUGGCAGGGAAAGCCGCGCCUCGUCCUCGUCCUCGUCCUCGUAUGCCGCCGCGAGCCGGCGGCGCGUGAAACUCGCGGGAUCUCCCGGGCGGGAAUACGGCAAGCGUGACUCGGGGAACCAUGCUGGCGAGAUUCAGGAACAGCUUCCGCUGCGGCAUGCCCAAGUGCCCGACUAUCCGUAUUCCAGGGAUGGAGAAGCCGGAGUCCUCCGCGGCGGGCGAGAGCUCCGGGGAGCUCGAGGAUCGGGACCCCAACAGCCUGAAUCAGCAUCUUCAGGUGAUGUGGGACGACGUGAUCGGCGAGCCGGAAGGGAUCCGAAGUCCCGAGUGCGCCUGGCGGCUCAGCGGCCACUGCUUCCGGCUCUCCAGGGGAUGCUGCUACAUACUCCUCUCCGUUCUCGUAGCGCCGCUGCUCGCUCUGAUCUUGGGCUUCACGUUCGCCUGCCUCGCGUUUCAGCAUAUCUGGUGCCUCGCGCCGUGUCUGCGCGUAUGGAAGAUUACUUGCGCGGCGACGCGAAAUUUCUUGGCGGUGGUGACGCAGGCGAUCAUACGACCGCUCAUGGAGGGGGUGGGUUACCUCUGCUACAAUAUCCGUAUAUUCAAUCAGAGGCUGCCGGACGGCCCUCUCCAGAAGGACGACCUGCUGGUCGUGUAACUCGGCGAUCCCAGCGGCGACAUCGGCGUGCGCAACCCCUCGCCGUCGGGCUCGCGUGCCGUCGCACGCGACCUUCCGCCGGCGCGGUCCCCGCAUCCGUCUGAAACGUGAACUACUUUGUCGAUAGUGUUAUAGCGUUCGUAGUUAAGCGGCGAGAGAGACGAGAGGAGUCUAAUUAUAUAGAGAUACUUGCCGCGAGACGCGGCGCGCGAUGUGUCACACUGUAAUUAAUUUUACGUAAUAUCUUGAUGUAAAGUAUCGAGAAACGCCGACGGUCUAAAGUCUAGGAUAGGACACCGGCGACAUGCGCACGGGGCGGUGGUGUAUUUUUGUAGCUCGUAGUUGUGAUGGCGCGUCAAAGAAUUUUUUUUCCCCCCGUUAAACUAUCUGCAGUAUAGCGUGCGACGAGCCGCUGUUAAGUUAUACUAGUAAGUGUAAAGGUCUCCCGUGCUGGCCUUGUAGGAGUAUAAUAAUUUUAACUCGCGCGCGCAUGUCCCGGGGUGGUCGCAGAUCGGGAGCCAAGGAGCUCGUGUAGCAGGCCAGUCGAUAUUUUACGCGGGCCAGUCUUUUUGUCGUUUGCUCUUCGCCGUCCGCUCGUGAAUCCAAGACGAGCAGGUCUUGGUGCUUCGUCGGACGUGAGGACGAUUGUCCGAAUGGGAAGUGAUCGGGAAGCGCGAGCCGUCGAGCGGGACCCGUUCAGCAAAAUAUCAAAUCUGAAAUUCUAACUUAAUUGGGAAUGUGAGGUAUCGAAGGGGGAAAAAGUGCACACGCGGGGAGUAAAAUAAUUGUAUAAUAAGAGAUACAUAAAUGUGCAAGAGAGGUACACGUUUAUCGCGAGCGAAGAACGCAAAAUCCGAAGGAAAGAUCGGUCCACUUUCUGUACAAUCGUACAAUUAAUGUUACAAGCGCAAUCAAUGUUUCUUGAUAAAACGGUAAGAUAACACAGAGCUGUCGUACUUUCAAUACUCUAUAGAUUCAUGGCAUAUAUUUGCCAUCGUUACCAUCCUAUCAUUUUUUUUCCCCUUUGCAUUCGCAACCGUUGUAGACGCGAUUUGUGGAAGCUUCUCCACGACAUCGUAAUUUAGGAGUUGUACAUACGAAUCUUCUGUAAGAGAACUUUUGCAAAUAAAAUGUAGAACUUACACGAGAAA